CCUGCUCUGCAAAAUAUGAAUUAUUCGACCACACAAAUUUGAAACUACCUCUUAUCUUUCCUCUUGGGUCAAAGGUCUAAAAGAGACUUGAGACCCCCGACCAUUUACACUAACUAUGGUGCAGCUUAUCGGGAACAUGCAUUUAUCCCUUCGCAUAACACUUAAUUGGGACUUCUGAAUAUGUUGAUCAGGAAGAAAAGGGGGACAGAUAGACGGAUGGAUGGAUGGAUGGAUGCCUAUUUUGAUGGAUGCGGGGGUAUUUCUUGUAUUCUUGUAUCAUGUCAUCUCAUGCCAUUUAUGUCCAAUGAACGGUCUGUGCACCCACCAAUUCCAGUCUUUUUUUGUACGUGGACAUGAAACAAGUCAAGUGCAAUUUUGAGCUCGUCUUUUCAAAUCUUUUCAUAUCCUAAAAAAAGACAUCAGCUGGUGCGAGAUUCUGGUCUGAACGCGUUUUUUUGAUCUCACAUCGUAGACAGCAUUGGGUUCGUAUAUUAUCCCAAAAUGUUUGUGUAAUAAUUGAUAAUCACUUC